CCAUUUCAUAGCGUCUGGUGUAAGAUGAUUGCCAUUUUAGAGGCGAACGAAAGUUUUGGUGCUCAGUGGACGGCUUAUGCAGCAAUCACUUGUCUAGUAUGGACUGUGAUCCUGUGUGUAUUUCUAUUCUUAGUAUUUAAGAAUAAUUUGAGAAUUUCAUUGAUCCUGAUAGGAAUUAUAAUUGCAUUAUGGUCUGGAGCUAUCUGUUUUACGUAUUGCCGAGGGCCUGAUUUUAAGUGUUACUUUUUAUUGGGCUUCGUUAUUCUGGAAGAUUUGUUAACAAUUAUCGCCUGCAUCUAUGUCAAAAGAUUCAAACCAGUGGUGAUAAUAGUUCUGAUAUCUGUAUCGAUCGCUUUUCUGAUAACUGGAGCAGUUUUGUUUUUUUUAGAAAUGCGUCAG